UUUACGAUUCGUCGCUCUUUUAGUAUAGUAAAACGUAGUAUUUCUCAAGAAGGUUCAGUCACCAACAGUCUGCAGACAGAUCACGAUGAAGUACGAGAUAGAAAAGAAAAAAAGCAAAAAAGUACAAUGGCAUCAAUGGAUCGCUGGUAUCGGAGUUAAUCUUCUACAGCUGCAAAUGGGACUGAUAUCGGUUUGGAGCUCACCGUACAUCGCAUAUCUGACUUCACCUGAAUCUCACAUCCCCAUGACAAUGGACGAGGCUUCCUGGGUAGUUUCCCUAUUAAACCUAGGCAGGCUAAUUGGCGCAAUUUCUGGUUCUCUUGCUGUCAACUAUCUCGGCACGAAAACAACGAUCUUUGUGACGAGUUUACCAAUAACUCUCUGUUGGCUCUUUAUAAUUGUGGCUAAUCGAGUGGAAUGGCUGUACGCAGCCAGGUUACUAGCUGGCAUCAGUCUAGGAAAGAUGUACAGCUGUUUCUCGCUUUACCUGGGCGAAAUAGCAGAUCCUACUAUUCGCGGAGCUCUAGUUGUCUUAGCUGUUAGUGGAUUAUCAAUAGGCAACCUAAUGAUGAGCAUCAUGGGCGCAUAUUUAAGUAUGACGAUAAGCGCAACGAUAUGCUUCAUCCUAUGCUUCGUACUGAUAAUCAUUUUCAUUUGGUUACCGGAAUCGCCGCAUCAUUUUGUCAAGAUUAAAAAAGAAAAUAAAGCACGAGCCUCGAUACUCUGGUAUCACCGCGAUUGCGACGUAGAAUCGGAAUUGCAAAUGCUGAAGGACUUUCACGAAAAGAACAAAAGUUUAGCAUUCGCGGACGUUAUAAAGGAAUUCAGAAUUUCGUACAUUUGGAAAGCGCAAAUACUCGUGUCCCUGCUCUACAUAUAUCUUCAGAUGUGUGGUUUGAACAAUGUGUUAUUCUACAUGGAAAGUAUACUGCGAAACGCCAAAGUGACCAUCAUAGAGCCAUCAGUGAUCGUAAUCAUCGUCACCGCUACCGGGAUCGUCGGUUCCAUGCUCUCCAUGUUCUUAAUCGAUAAAUUCGGCAGACGGAUUCUAAUGAUCGUCUCCAGUUUGGCCGUCACGAUCUCGCUAAUAUGCCUGGGUACAGAAUUUCAACUUCUCGACGCAGGACAUGACCCCGCCAAUAUUCAGGCUCUACCAAUUUUCUCGGUGUUGCUGUUUCAGAUAUCUCUAUACAUCGGCAUCGUCUCCAUACCAAACGCGGUAUUGGGUGAAAUCUUUCCGCCGCACGUUAAGUGCGUAGCCGGCUGUUUCGCAAGCAUCAUCGGUGCGAUAUCCUCCUUCAUCUCCACGUCGACGUAUCAACCUCUAAUUAAUCUGAUCACGGAAAAAUACUUAUUCUAUGCGUACGCUUUGUUAUUAAUAACGGCCGUACCAUACGCGUAUUUAUGCAUGCCUGAGACUAAGGGCAAAUCGUUGCAACAAAUUCAAGAAGAACUGGACGGAAAAUCUGAACCAAAAAGUUGAGCUCGAAUAUAUUAAUGUCCCUGAUGAUCAUUAAUAUGUCUACAAGAGCUACAAGAAAUUUGUAGCAAAACUACGUUCUUUUUUAUAUUUGUUACAACAGUAUUUACAUGAAACAUCGAUAUAUCAGUAUUGAGAAAUGCUGCGUGAAUAAUGAUCUAUCGAAUUGCAUUCACAAUGGAAUAUUUUCAACUCGAUUGAGCAAAGCUAAAUCAUUAAGUCGGAAAAAACUCUAGGUUCAUUAAAAGCAUCUGAUUAAUAUAUAUAUAU